AUGUGUUUUUGUUUCAACUUUUGUGGUGGGAAGAAGAAGGCCGAGGAAUCGGUCACACUGGAUAGAUCAUCGGUAGGCCGUGGCGGUGUCGGUGGCGGUGGUGGUGGCAACCAUGCUGAGAACAGUGGUGGCAAUACCGGUGGUCAUGAUGCGGCAGGCGCAGCGGUUGUAGUGGCUGGCGCAACACAUGUGGCUGACAUGGGUGGGAGUGGAUGUGGAAGCUCUCAUGGCGGUCAUGGUGGCGGCGGGUAUGCUGGUGGUGAUGGUGGUGGCGGUGGUUGA